UUUUUUAGUUUCCUUUUUUCAAAGGUUAUUGAUUACCCCUAUCCUUUAUCUUCACAUCUUCCUUCAUCCUCUUUCUUUAUUAUUUCCAGUCGAGUGUUAUUUCUCUUUUUUUCUCUAUCUCACGCAGCUGUCAUUUUUUAUAUUUCCGUCAAUGCUAUGUGUAAAGUAACAAAAAAAUCCCCUCAAUAUCCCCUUUUUUACAUUUCUUUUUACAAUACAAGUUCCCUCAAUUUUCAUUCGUUUUCAUUUUUUGUGUGCACGACAUGUCCCUCUUCUCUACGAUUUUUGUGCCAACUAAAUGCGCUAAGCCUCCUGAGAAAACUGUGUUCUAUCUGUCACUAA